CCACCGCCCCGGGGCAUGAUCACUAAAGAGGGCACCCCCAGGCUCAUGAUCACGCACAUUGUGAAUCUCAACUUCAAGUCCUAUGCCGGCCGCACCCAGUUGGGGCCCUUCCACAAGCAUUUCUCCUGUAUCAUUGGCCCGAAUGGCAGCGGUAAGUCUAAUGUCAUUGACUCAAUGCUCUUCGUGUUUGGCUGCCGAGCGCACAAGAUCCGCUCCAAGAAGCUAGCGGUGCUGAUCCACCACUCAGAUGAGUACCAGGACCUGGACAGCUGCACUGUGGAGGUACACUUCCAAAAGAUCAUUGACAAGGCAGGCGAAGACUACGACGUGAUUCCAGACAGCUCUUUUUACGUGUCUCGGACGGCAUAUAAGAACAACACAUCCGUGUACCAUAUCAGUGGCAAGAAGCAAACGUUCAGGGAUGUGGGCAAUCUACUCCGAAGCCACGGGAUCGACCUGGACCACAACCGCUUCUUGAUCCUGCAGGGCGAAGUUGAACAGAUUGCUCUGAUGAAACCAAAAGGCCAGAGUGAACAUGAUGAGGGUAUGCUGGAAUAUUUAGAAGAUAUCAUAGGAUCUGGACGGCUAAAAGAGCCUAUUGAAGUCUUGUCUCAAAGACUUGACGUAUUAACUGAGGAAAGAGAAGAGAAGUUAAAAAGAGUUAAAAUAGUAGAGAAAGAAAGGGAGUACUUAGAAGUAGAGAAAAAUAUAGCCAUUGACUUCCUUACCCUGGAAAAUGAAAUACUCAUAAAAAAGAAUCAUAUUUGUCAGUUCUACAUUUAUGAUUUGCACAAACGAAUUGCUGAAGUGGAAUAUGAAAAGGACAAAAUUCUUGAAGAAACAGAAGCUAUUAAAAAGAAGACCAGUAAACUGGAAGUUGAAAUGAAUGCCAAGACUGAUGCUUUAAAUGAGGCAGAAAGGAAACUCAAUCAAGUUUCAAAAUUUAUUGAGGAAAGCAAAGAGAAAUAUACACAGCUGGAUUUGGAGGGUGUUCAAGUUAAGACAAAAAUGAAAUAUGCUAAAAGCAAAGCCAAGAAACUUGAGAAGCAGCUCCAAAAAGACAAAGAAAAGGUUGAGGACUUUAAAGAUGUACCUGCCGACAAUGAAAAGGUAAUCAAUGAAACAACAGCUAAAAAAAGUACUCUAGAAGAGGAAAAAGAGAAAGAAGAGGAAAAAAUGAAGGAAGUUAUGGAUAGUCUUAAACAGGAGACAAAGGAACUUCAGGAGGAAAAAGAGAGCCAAGAAAAAGAACUCUUGGAAUUUAAUAAAACUGUAAAUGAAGCCCGAUCCAAGAUGGAUGUUGCCCAGUCUGAACUUGAUAUCUACCUCAGUCUCCAUAAUACUGCUGUAUCUAAAUUAAGUGAGGCCCAAAAGGCUUUAACUACAACUUCUGAGACUUUGAAAGAAAGGAAAACUGCCAUUAGAGAUCUUGAAAUUAAAUUGCCUCCUACUGAACAGGACCUAAAGGAGAAAGAAAGUGAAUUUCAGAACCUCACAAAAGAAGCAAUAGAUCUUGACAGUUCAGUUCGAGAUCUUCUUCAAAAAGUUGAAGAAGCAAAAAGUUCUCUUACAACAAAUCAGAGCCGAGGAAAAGUUCUUAAUGCAUUGAUUCAGCAGAAAAUGUCUGGCAAAAUUCGAGGAAUAUAUGGAAGACUGGGAGAUUUGGGAGCCAUUGAUGAAAAAUACAACAUUGCCAUUUCAUCUUGCUGUAGUGCCCUGGACUACAUUGUUGUUAACACCAUUGAUACAGCCCAAAUCUGUGUGAACUUCCUGAAGAAACAAAAUAUAGGAGUGGCAACAUUUAUCGGGUUGGAUAAGAUUAAAGUUUCAGAAAAAAAUAUGAAUCCACUCCCAACCCCAGAAAACAUCCCUCGGUUAUUUGAUUUAGUCAAAGCAAAAGAUGAGAAGAUUCGCCGAGCCUUUUAUUUUGCUUUACGCGAUACUUUAGUAGCUGACAACUUGGACCAGGCAACAAGAGUGGCUUUUCAGAAAGAUAAAAGGUGGAGAGUCGUGACAUUACAGGGACAAAUCAUUGAGCAAUCAGGGACAAUGACUGGUGGUGGAAGCAAACCAAUGAAAGGCAGAAUAGGUUCCUCACUUGUUGUGGAAGUUUCUGAAGAAGAGUUAGCCAUGAUGGAAUCCAAGUUGCAAAAGGACUCCCAGAGAGCUAUCGAAGUCCAAGAACGCAAAGCACAGCUUGAAGGGGCCAUACUCAAACUGCGUCACAGUGUGCAAGACAUGAGGAACACACUGGAAAAGUUUACUGCAAGCAUCCAGAGUUUAUCAGAACAAGAAGCAUACUUGGAUGUACAAGUUAAAGAACUCAAAGCCAAUGUCCGUGAUACUACCCCUGAUGAAAAGAAGCAGAAAUUGCUAGAAACACAAAUAAAUACCUUCAAGGAAGAGUAUGAAUGUGUUUCUUUGAAGGCUGGCAAGGUUGAAGCUGAAGUAAAAAGACUACAUGAUUUAAUUAUGGAGAUCAAUAAUCAUAAGCUGAAAGCCCAGCAAGACAAGCUUGACAAGAUAAACAAAAAACUGGACCAAUGUGCAUCUGUCGUCACAAAAGCUAAAGUAGCAGUAAGGACGGCAGACAGAAAUCUUAAAAAAGCACAGAAUUCUGUCCUUCGCACAGAGAAAGAAAUAACGGACAAUGACCAGGAAUUGGAAGACCUCACCAACGAACUCAAAAACCUCACGGAGGAGGCAACUGAUGUCAUGAAGAAUUCCAAAGAAGCUGGGGAGUCCUUGCCUGAGAUCCAGAAGGAGCAUCAUAACCUGCUGCAAGAAAUGAAAGGAAUUAAAGAAAAUGAAUGUACCCUACAAAAUGAUUCACUUAGUAAUAAGUUAAAACUGGCACAGGUAGAUACUUACAUUGCUGAACAGCUUUCUAAAGUCAGGUUUUGGGAGCAAGAGAUGUCAAGAAUAGCAUUGCAUCGAAUAGAAGAUAAUCCAGUUGAACAGAUUUCUCUUUUAAGCCAAGAAGAUCUUGAAGAGAUAGAAAACCCUAAUUUUCUGAAUAAUCAGAUUGAUCUUCUGGAAUCCCAGUGCAAUCAAAUGAACCCAAAUCUUGAUUCCAUCGAAGAGUAUAAAAAAAAGAACGAACAGUAUUUACAUCGGAUGAGAGAACUGGAAAAAAUUACCAUUGAAAGAGACCGCUACAGACGGGCUUAUAAAGAUCUUCGGGAACGAAGACUUAAUGAAUUUAUGGCAGGUUUCACUGUAAUAACAAAUAAACUAAAGGAAAACUACCAGAUGCUUACUUUGGGAGGCGAUGCAGAACUGGAACUGAUUGACAGUUUGGAUCCUUUCUCUGAAGGCAUCAUGUUCUCUGUUCGUCCACCCCAGAAAAGCUGGAAGAAGAUCUUUAAUCUUUCAGGAGGAGAGAAGACACUCAGUUCUCUGGCUCUGGUUUUCGCCCUCCACGAUUAUAAGCCCACACCCCUCUACUUCAUGGACGAAAUCGAUGCAGCCCUGGAUUUUAAGAAUGUGUUCAUUGUGGCCUACUACAUCUACAAACAAAAAAAAGAUGCCCAGUUUAUAAUAAUUUCACUUCGAAAUAACAUGUUCGAGAUCGCAGAUAGGCUCAUUGGAAUUUACAAGACUCACAACAUCACCAAAAGUGUCACGAUAAAUCCAAAAGCCAUCGCAGCUAAAGGAGUUUGCUGA